GAGGCGCCUGCCUUACUGACCGUCAUCCUCGACACAAACCCUCAUGCCUGGGCCUUGCUGGAGCAUUCGCUAUCCCUGUCCCAGCUGGUCGUCAAUCUGCUGGUCUUCGUCAACGCCCACAUCGCCAUCAACCCCGCCAACCGAGUCGCUGUCGUGGCAAGUCACUCGGAAUGUGCCGAAUGGCUUUACCCGACGCCAGCGCGCGCGCAGAGUCACGCGGCAAAUGGCAAUGGCAAUGGCACACAUGUCGAAAUGGCAGACGGCGAUCCAGCCCCUCGAGGCGGACCAGUGCAGGCUCCAGACGAUGCGAACAAGUAUCGUCCCUUUGCUCAUAUCGAGCAUGCAAUCACCACGAACCUACGGAGGCUGAUGAGCAGUACGUCUGCUGAAGCACUUCAGUCAACGCCAGCAACAAUGAUGGCAGGCGCGCUCACAAGGGCUCUCGCGUACAUCUCGAAGCAGUCCCAGACAUUGCCAAGUGGCGCUGCCAGCAGCCAGCAGUUCAACUACUCAGAUCCGAACUCAGUCGCAGGAGGCAACGAGGCAUCGAGUGGCACGAGUCAAGGCAACAACAUGCUGGGCCUGACAUCACGAAUUCUGAUUCUUUCCGUCUCGGGAGAUCUGGCAGACCAAUACAUCCCCAUCAUGAAUUCCAUCUUCGCCUGCCAAAGGUUGAGCAUUCCCAUCGACAUACUCAAACUGGCCGGAGACACGGUGUUCCUGCAGCAAGCAGCAGAUGCGACCGGAGGAAUCUACAUGGCGCUUGACCAUCGGACGCGAGCUGGAUUUCUGCAGUACCUCAUGUUCGCAUAUUUACCAGACGAGGCAGCGAGGAAGCAUUUGAUCGUGCCAGGAGAGGGGGAGGGUGUGGACUUUCGUGCGGCAUGUUUCUGUCACCGGCGCGUCGUGGAUAUUGGCUUCGUCUGCUCCAUCUGCCUCAGCAUCUUCUGUGAGCCUUUGCACGACAGUACUUGCUUGACGUGCGGGAGUCAUUUGCAGAUGGCGAACUAUGGUCAG